AUGGACUACACAUUUUUCGAAGAAUAUGACCUUGACAUGUUUGAUGAUUAUCCAAUAGAAGACAAAGUUAAUUACAAUAACAACUCAAAUCCAGAUUCUUCUCAUUCUAUCUACGACGAUGAUUCACAACCAGAUUCCGAAACUAAUGACCAUACAGAAUCAAAUCCCUAUUCUCCAAAUUCAGUUGGACUUUGUUCUCUUCCAACCGAAAUACUUUUACUCAUUUUGCAUAAAGUAAUUUUAUCAGAGAAUAGACCCAAAACUGCCAUAUUAUCAUUACCUCUCACCUGCAAAACAUUAUUCAAGAUAUCACACGAUCCUGUCGUUUGGGAAAAGUUGUUUAGCGACCAAUAUGACGUCCUCGCGCGAAAACGACGUUUUCGAAUCUGUAAUUUUCGAAAGAUUUAUUACCGACGAUCGAAGUUAUCUACUUCUUUUAUGAAUUCGUCGUUGUUCCGGAUCGAACCACAAUACGUGGAUAGUGUGUUGGAGGUUUUGACCAACGGGAGAAACACAAAGAAGUUGGUGGAUCUGUGUGCCGCCGAUUUUUGCAUUCAAGUGUAUCAACGGCUACAUUCCUGGGCAGAUUUAUCGUUGAAACAUUUCACUUCUGUCUUGUUAACGAUUAAAGUGAUCUCUUAUUUGUUGACACAAGAUAUUCCAAGCCUUGAUAUAAUCGUUGGGAGCAUGGCCGCUGAAUUUCAUGAUCGAGUGCUAACUUGGGAUCCUACCAAAGAUAGCGCUAAUAAUACCCUAUAUACUCACGCUCUUCAUAUUUGUUUGCGUAAUGAAAAUAAAGAAUUUGUUGCUCCAUAUUUUUCUCCGUGUUCUCUUGUUUUUGAGUCACGCAAAAAUGAUGAAUGGAUGUUAUGGAUCGAAGACAUGCUUGAUAUGUUCUCCACUAACAAAAUAUUAUGGUGCAUGAGGAACGAUGCAUAUGACACACCUAUGCCAAAUUAUUGGAUCGGUUUCUCUACAAACUCGCAAAUGACAAGAAUCACAAAUCUUUUAUUACUCGAUCUCAAUUUCACAAUUAUAGACAACGACCACCAUUACAAUUCUUUACUACAACCAAGAAAUUAUUUUACGUCAUCAUCGUCGCCAAUAUCUAAUAAUGAUGUCCUCGCAACAUCUUUUUUCAUAGAAGGUCAACUAACCUACGAUUCUGGUGAAGAAAUUGCUGUGAUCGGUGAAUGUUUGCCAUUAGAUAAAAGCAGACGCGUGUCAUUUCAGUAUUUGAAUCAGAAUCUGAAAGGUGAGGUCUGGGAGUUUUGUGGGUACUACGUCGCGACAUUUGGUGUUGUUGGCAAAUGCUGGAAUGAAUUUUCGUCGAUUGAUCAAGCGGAAUUCUUUUGGAUUUGGAAGGAUGAUUCUUUGUGA